CGGGUCGAAACCCGCAUGCGAUUCGGAUCAUCCAGGAGAUCCGCUCCAUCUACUUCCCACCCAUCCCGCUCGGACGCCAUUGACAGCCACCACGGAGCUCGGAGAACAACGAUGACGCAGGGAUCAACAACGUUGCACGCAUAUGGGGAGGCUUCCUACUGGGAUCGUCGCUAUGGCCAGGACCCAGGUCCCUUCGAGUGGUACCAGAAGUACCGCUCCCUCGCGCCGCUGUUUGAUCUCUAUCUCCGUCGCCACCACCGGCUCCUCCUCGUUGGCUGUGGUAACUCCGCACUCGGAGAAGACAUGUUAAAUGAUGGCUAUGAGGACAUUGUUAAUAUUGACAUAUCGUCUGUAGUGAUUGAAGCCAUGCAAACAAAAUACCAGGACAAACCAGCUCUCCAGUAUAUUAAAAUGGAUGUGAGAGAUAUGAGUGAUUUUGAAUCUGGUUCCUUCGAUGCAGUUAUUGAUAAAGGUACACUUGAUUCACUUAUGUGUGGACAUGAUGCACAGGAGAAUGCAACUAAGAUGCUCGAAGAAGUUGGCAGGGUUCUCAAGGAUAAAGGAGUAUAUUUUCUGAUUACAUAUGGAGAUCCAAACUACCGUUUGUAUUUGCUGAAGGAACUGCGCUACUGGACAAUAAAUAUGCAUGUAAUAGAUCGAUUAGAGAAAACUGCAGAUAAACGAUGCUGGGACCUAACCACGCCAAUCCCAUGGACUGAAGAUGGUAGCUUAGCAACAGCAGUUCUUGGCUCAAACCCUGAAAUACAUUACAUCUAUGUCUGCAUUAAGGAUGAAUCCUUAAGUCAACAUGGAAAUGAGGAACCAAAUAGCUCGGAACACUGAGCACCACUGUUGUUAAUUUUAUUUUCAUCCUACUACCAGUCAUUCCUCUGAUGAGAAAUCUCUGAGCUUUCAUUUCUUCUGUAACAACUGAUUAUUCAUUAAGGCUGUAUUCUGACAUUGUAACUAAUGUUGCUUGUUGUUCCAUACUUCAAUAUUAUUCUACUUAAACA